AUGCCGUUCAUGCUGGAGGAAGGUGGACGGGACAUAGAUAAAUAUGUCAGGUCUUUUAGGAUCUGGAAUCACUUCCCGCCUGCACGUCGCCCUCAAGGAGUCCGAGAAGAAGAAGACGAGGCCGAGCUCCGAGGACCUGACGAGCCUGCGGGACGUGGAGGACAAGCUCGAGAGAGAGAGGGAGAGGAACGAGGAGCUUACACGGCAGCUCAAGGAGGAGAGGGAGAAGCAGGACAAAGAAGAACCGCAAGCGAAGAUGACGUCAAACGCUACGAGGAGAAGGUCGAGUCCCUCAAGAAGGAGCUGGCCAAGGAGAAGGAGCGCUACGACGACCUCAAGACUAAGAUCGGGGACGGCAAGUCGGUCGGCUUCGAGGAGCUUCGGUCUGCGCAGUCCGAGAAGCACAGACUCCAGAAAGAGCUGUCGACGGCGCAGCAGACGACGGAAGUGCUGGAGAAGAAGCUCAAGGAAGCGGAGGAGAACAUCCGACUGGCGGAGAAGGCGGAGAGGAAAUCGAAAUACGUGUUGGAGCAGCUCGAGUCAAAGCUGGAGGAAGAGAAGAACAGCCUGACGGCGGCCGAAGAACGCCAGAAGGAAAUGACCAUGUCUUGGCUGAAGGAGCGGGAUGACCUCAAGAAGGAGAUCACGGAGGCCAAGAAGACCAAGGAGAAGGCGGAGAGGGAGCUCCGCACGGCCAAGAAAUCGCGCGACCAGAUGGAAACCAUGAUGGAGGAUGAGAAGAGGCGCUCGGAGGACGUCUCGGCGGCCAAGAAGAGGGACUCCGACGAGAUUAAGAGGCUGAAGGCGGACAAGGAGGGAUUGUCACGUGAGGUCGAUGAGCUGAAGGAUGCUGUCAGUAAGCUCGAGAAGUCAAAGGACAACGUGAACUACAAGCAAAAGAGAGAAAUGGAGAACCUUCGGAAGGAGAAGGAGGACCUCGAGAUCCGCAUGAACACCCUGGAGAGUGAGCUCAAGUCGGAGCAGAAGCGGCGCGAGAGGCUGGAGAAGGAGUCCGAGAGGAGCGGGUCAGCUGUUGGUUUUGCUGCAAGAAAGAACGAGACCGAAGCUAAGAAACUGAAGACGGACCUGGAGAAUGCGAAGAAGGAGUAUGAUGAGAAGAUCAAACAACUGGAAGCACAGAUGAAGAAGGAAAAAGAAGGUCGUGAAGAACUCCAGAGAAAAUACGACCUCUUGGAGGAAGACUACGUCGUGCAGAAGGCUCAGAUGACGGUUGGCCUUGAGGAUGACUACCACGCCCUCAAGAAGGACCAUGACACGAUAGAGAUCGAACUCAAGACGUUGCGGGAAACCUAUAACUCGAGACAAGACACUUGGAUCAAGGAGAAGCUCGACAUGCAGGAGCAACUCAAAGACCUGGAGAAUCGUCUUAACAGGGUGUCCGUCGACCCGACGUCGUACUCGGAGAAGAAACGACUCAAGGACAUUAUCGAGGACAAGCAGCAGCAGAUCGAAAAACUAAGGCGCGACGUAGACAGCGUCAAAGACCAGUCGUCCUUCUACAGGAGAGAGUCCGAGGAGCUUCGACGUAAAGUGGACGACUUGGAGAAACUGAACGAGCUCAACGAGAGGCGGUCAAGCUCAAUGAGCACGGCGGAUAAGACCUCCUUUGACACCACCAUCAGGGAUUUGAGAUCGAGACUCUCAGCCUCGGAGAAGAACCACAAGACCGAGCUGACGAAGAUCAAGAUGAAGUACGACUCGAAACUCAAGGCCAUGACCGAGGAGGUGUCCACCCUGACGCAGCACAUGACCAAGUACAGGAGAGAGAGAGACACGUACAAGGAGAUGUUGGACGGAGCGCAGAGGAACAUCGCCGAACUCAAGGGCAACGUGACUUACAGGACCUCGCGAGCUGACAACGCAACGGAGAUCGCGGCGGUCCAGCGUGUGGCCGACCUCAAGGCGCAACAGCACUUGAUCGAGACCCAGGAACUGCAGUCACAGAUCACGGAACUCGAGGACAAGCUGGCCGACUCCCGCCUCGAGGGCACCAAGAUCAAGAACGAGCUCGUCGACCAGAAGACCAACUUCGAGAUCCAGCUGUGCGACCUGCAGACCAAGCUCAACGAGUACGAGGAGGACCGUCUACUGGGAGGCGGCAGCAGGCGCGUGCCGGGCCUGAGGACUCGCCUCGAGCUCAACUGGCAGAAGGAGCGCGAGGAGCAACAGAGGCUGAUUCAGGAGACGGCCACACUCGCCAAGGAUCUCAGACAGACGCUGUACGAGGUGGAGCGCGAGAGAGACCUCGAGCGGCUGGAGGCCAAGAGGAAGAUCGAGCAGCUCAAGAAGACGGUGGGCCAGGAGACGUCAGACACCAAGAGCAAAGUGCAAGAGCUUCAGCGCGACCUGAUGGAGCUGCGGGAGGCCCACGCGAAGCUCCGUCAGAUCAACGAGAAACUCCGGCGAGAGAAGGACAGGACGGAGGUGGAGCGCGAGGCCAUGAGGGACAAGUUCCUGGGCUCCUCCAGGGACAACCUCAACCAGGCGGCCAAGAUGGAGCGGCUCACGGAGGAGAUGAAGAAGGUGAAAGACCUCGCGCCGCUCGUUCUUGGGGAGGGCAUUGACGGCAGGGACAGCUCGCUCACCAGACUACCUGGCGACCCCAAACCCAAGACGAAGGAGGAGUUCACGGACUCCCUGAAGAGGGCGUGCAGGACCAUGGAGGAGAUGAAGAGAAUGAUGAACCUCAUGGACGACAGAGACCGGCUGAAAAGGGCGCCGUCCUUCCGAAGAGCGCUAUCGGUGGAGGACAGCGAAGACGAGGGGCCGCCCUCACGCCCACGCAGCGCCCAGAGAGGCUCACUACGCCCACGCGGCCACAAGUCGGCCCUCUACCGGAAGACGCAGUCCCUCGAUCACCAGAUGGCGGAGGAUCGAGGCAAGAUCUGGGUGUCGACGGACGCCGGCAGCACCACCAGCAUAGACUCCACCAUGACGGACGACAUGCGCCGAGCCAAGUACGACCGAGACAUCUCCCUGGACAGGAUCUCCACGGGCUCCCAGACGAGUGACCUGGAUCCCCUUGGCGACAAGAAGAAGAAAGGCAUCAAAGGCAUGAUCUCGAAGCUCACCAAGUCCCGCUCCAUCGAGGAUUCGGCCACGGGAGGCUCCAUCGUGGGCGCCGGGGUCAAGGCGAUGGGCGUGGGCGUGGGCGGGUCCGGGAACGACAUCCCGAGCGACGUGGAGAAGGAUUCCGUCAAGGGGAAGCUCAAGGGCCUCUUCAAGAAGGGGCCGCCGUCGAGAUCGCAGAGCGUUGACAGAGCAGACGGGACUAGUGUCAAGAAAAUCGCCAGCUCCUAUGACUACGACACGGCUUCAUUGGCAUCGAACACCUCCCUGGAGAGUAACACGAGCGCCAACAUCCCGCCAGUCAUGAGAAGAUUCCGAGGGCGCAGCCAGCACGGCGCCAUGACCAAAGCCCAGUCUUUCACCGCCAUCGGGCGCCAGAGCUCUCUGGAGACCGACGUGUGAGCAGCAGCAGCAGCGCCCUCGGCAGGCCCAGGACCAGCCUUGCAUGGGGACGGCCCAGGACCAAUCCAAGGAAGGAGGGCUUGGUGAGACGAGAGGCCGAGCUCGCAGUCAACGCUCCUUCCCCGUGCACGAGAAUACUUAGGGAGAAGAAAACAAGGUCUUGGAAGAAACCUUGAGAUCUCAGGAUGUGUAAGCAUAGACAAGACGGGGCUCCAGUCGUGACCGAACCAUAUUACAAAUUGAAUGGUGUUCACACGGACUUGGUUAUAAAGUUCCAACGGAACUGUUUACUGGUGUUAUUGCAUAGGUUAUUGUGUUGAGGGUGGUCAUCACAAACCACUUUUACACUGAAAACGUUUCUUUUCAUUUAGAAAGUUAGUUAGCCAGCUCCCCGUGUCUGCCAGACCUGUGGCUGGUUUCCACACAUGAAUUUACUCACAUCACGGUCUUCCAUGGUGCUGAUACUGUUAAAUGACAACGCUCGCUAGAUGUACAGAAUCCUGCCCUUGCCUGUUUAUUUCUACUCGCCAGAACCUGGGUAUGCUGCUUGCUCGGACGGGAACUCCAGGAUCAGUUAGUUAAGAUAGUUAAGACGAUAGAGGUGUUAUCAAUCACGAACUACAGCAUAUAAAAGAUCGGGAGUUCUUGUUCAGAGGCGACAGAUCCUUGCAGAUGUUGGGCGUCCUGCAUUAGCCUUUCCGAGCACGGCAGUCGCCCUCAAUUCCUGGCGGGUAAGAAGCCUGUAUAUUAGGGAGGCCCGAGUCUUCCGGCCUCGGGAUUAUUCAUGUAUAAUUACUAUAGUUAAUCAAGAACACUGAGUUCAUCGUAUUUCAAGAAGAGACUACAUUCUACACCCGAUUAUGAAUGUUUGUUAUCCUCACGGUGGAUGCAGGCUACGUCUUGGACAGGAGCCAAUGACCGCCAUAAAAAAAUGUUAAAACACGUAAAAAUCAGACAAGGUUUUUCAGUUCCGAUUAAUAUAGAUUAUUAGAAGACCAGAUAACAUUUCUUACAAGGUGCUAUUCUCAUACAAGGGGCGAUAUGUCUCUAGUCAGAGGGUUCCUGUCCUCCCCCAAAACCUGUUACUCGGUGGUGUUAUCAUUUGUUUAUAAUGGAUGUACUUUGCCCUUCCGUUGUCUGUUUCACAUAUCAUGUCAUGUUCUGUUGCGUCUUGCUGUAGUGCCACAACGAGUUUAUUAUUGUCAAGAAAUUCUUUCUUUUUACAAAUUAUUUAUAACGUGGAGGUAAAGGCGCCUGUCAUAGUUACAGUCUCUGUUAUAUUCACUAUUUUAACAUUAAUGAGCUGUUUAUCAAGAGAGCAUGUAUCAUAUAAAUAUAUUUUUUAAUUUCCCUGUUGAAAACGCUGUUCGCCAUUAUUUAAUGGUUAUUUAAUAGACAGGUUAUAAAGCUUCGGCUUUGUAACUUUAGCCCAAACACGUUUUAUGUUAUUCUUAUACUUCCAACUUGCAAGUUUCUCGUCCCUUUCCAUUCGUUUAAGGUAAUGGUACAUGUGAUCAAGAAACUUGGCAGUGAGGUUCCUAGUCAUUUUCUAACUAGUCAAUAAAUCAUCGUUUGCAUCUCGUACGUAAUUUAUUUGCCAAUAAGAAACUCAAGGCAAGCAAUCCUGCUCCGUGUACAGAUAAUUUACUCAACCCUGGUAUGGAGAUGGUGGUUUCUGGCCGAGCAUCGCAUCUGAAGAGAAUUUUCUUAGAGGAAUUCCAGAAAGAUCCACACCAUAGAUGCCUUUUGCAUGCAGGCUGGCGUCACCAUCUUUAUAUUGGCAUAUGCAUCACCUGUUAUCUUGACAGUACUCACCGUGUAUAUAUUGUAAACAAGGUCUUCUCUUAUCCUGAUGAAAAUGUUGCAUGGAUAUAAGAAAUUAGAAGGAUUUUACAAUCAAUUAAAUGUUUUAUUUACAAAAA